AAACCCGGGGUUAACUCUGCAGUAUAAGCCUUUGGUCAGUUUCACAGAGCUGAAACUCUGACUGGAACAAAAAAGCCGGAGUUUCGACUCAGGAUCGACAAACUUAAAGCUGUGAGAUAAACCUGCUGCCUGCGCAGUUCAGCCCAUGACUGGGUUAGUCUGAGCUCAGCUCUGGUUGGCUGAUUUCUUUCUGACACUACGAGCAGCCAGGUCAGCUGACUUCAGGGAACCAGCGGAUCAUGUGAUCAAAGACCGAGCAGAGACGAUGGCAGCGGGGAGUGCGUGGAGUGGCGGACUGUACGUGGUUCUCGUGCUGUGGAUCGUCACUGUAACGUGCUCCGCGGAGCCCGGACGCAGACAGAUUUCAAUGCAGUUAUACCCCAGCUCACAUUCAACCCCUCGAGCUGGUGACCUGCUGCAUGUGAGAGCCGUGGGAGACAAUGACACGCUGCAUUUCCUGUUCUGUAGCCAGGGGGCGCCAACGCUGCUGCUCAUCCACACCAACUCAACUUCUUCUGAAGUGCAGGUGAACUGGCCUGAGUUUGUGGCUCGUAACACCAGCGGCAGCCUGAAAGUGGAGCCAGAGAGCAGCUUGAUGUACAGCAGUGCUGUCGUCUUCAGCCGGCUGUUGGAGUAUGACGAUGUGAACGACACGGCUGAGCCGACCUCUGACCUCUUCCCUCCAUACGACCUGCAGAACUUCACCUGGAACCCCAUCAACCUGUCCGAACCCAUGGCGCUUCUCUGUGGCACCGAUGCCUCCUUCACCAAUGGUUCGCUCUGCCUUCAGCUGUCGGUUUUUGACUCUGAGGGGCGGGGAGAGGCAUGGCCGCACCUCCUGCACUCUGUUAACUCUUCCCAGUUGGAGGUGUGGUUGGAUGGCAUACCGGCCCGAGCCACUCAGUCCAGGUUCCUGUUGGAGAUGCAUGCAGUAGGGGAAGCUUAUCCUUUAAGCACAGUCGACGUUUACCAAUCAAUCGACGAUGAGUAUACGCCAUCGAUAUUCAAGGUUUCUCAAUGGGUGUCAUCAGUGAAUGGCAGUUCUGAUGUUCUGGGUUACGCACUGUGGAAGCCAGUGGCGUACCGUCAGGCACGGCCGGCUCUGGAAGAUGCCACGCCAUGCCGUCACUCGGUGCCGCGGGCUCAGAGUGGGUCGAUGGUGACGGCUUCGUCCGGUCUGAUCCGAGGCUUCUUCUCAGAUCCAAAGAGCAUGGCACUGAAUGUGAGCUUUGGCCUGGCGGGGGAACCAUUCUACAACGUCACACGCUUCCUCAGCUGGACACUGCUGGUGGGUGUUGGGUCACCGCCUGUUGACUCCUUCUCUCCUCUGGUUGUUGCCAUCAUGGCAAUUGGUCUGGGAAUUCCCAUGAUCAUCCUGCUGGUUGGUGGAAUCUGGCUCUGCAUCCGUAAAAGCAAGGGAGCAUCCUCAGCCUCCUACGAGCCAAUCAACUAAUCAUUUCACUGCGUUGCCAGAGACAGUUUUAAUGUUUUAGAAACAGAUGACGUCACAGUGACAUUCCAGCCAGUCAGCACACAGCAGAAUCCGUGUACCCAUUUGUGUUUUUAAAGACAGUCAAUGUGUUUGAUUGGUGAUUGGAUAAGAUCUUACUCUGUCCUCAUCGAUUUCUUGCUGAAUCAAACCUCCAGGCUCACCACUUGGCAGCCAUCUUGAAAAACCUGUGGGCUCUUAUGCUCAUGGUUAUUCUGAAGCUUUUUUUGAACUUUUUCUGUAGGUCAUAUAAAAUACAAUGUUUAUAAAUAAAAUAUAUCCUUUUUCUGAACCCUCAGUCAUUGUUACUGAACCCUGACAGGUUCGUGUCCCUUUCUGAUGAUGUCAUAUUCUUACUCUAAAGGGUUCAUUUAAAGCAGCUGCUCACAGAUGAAGAGUCUGCCACCUUGGGGCCAGUCUUUGACUUUCAGAUUAAAAGAUGUACGAUUUAAAUUUUUACUUUGAAACUAAAAAGCAAAGUUAAGUUGAUUGUUAAUAAAAUAUAUCAGAAUUGCCAAAAAAAAAAAAAAAAAAAGCCC